AUUCUUUGAACAAAUGCAAACUACUUGAUCUGUCUAACGAUGAUGUAGUUGUUGCUGAAGGCCGUUGGACCACGCAAGAUCGUAAAGCUUUGGUGAAUGGACUUUCACUCGGACCAAAGGCUGUAAAAGUGUUUGUUGAUGUGGUACAUGAAGCCAAUACAUUCAUAUGGAGGCCUACAAUGGAUGUUACAUACAUAGAAGACUGUUUAAUGUCCUUUGUAGCAUGGCCUUUCAACAAAGUUGUCUUCGAAAACAACCCAGAUGGAACAGGCCGGUUAUCUCCUAUUCAGAAUUAUGCAUCUACUCAAACAGCUCAUGGAAAAUCAGCAUCAUCAAGUCAAAAAUCCACAGCAACAGGUUCUAAAUCGCAACCAGCUCAUGGAAGAUCAGCAUCAGCAAGUAAAAAAUCCGCAGCAACAGGUUCUAAGUCGCAUAUGCAACCAAUCUCAGCAUCAUGUGAGAAGUCUCCAACAACAGUUCCAAAAGCUAAUGCAGUGGAAACUCAAACAGCUGCACCGUCCCGGCCUCUUCGAAGAUCUCCGCGGAAAAAAGGAGCUAUACAGGAAAAUCAGAAGUGUAUGUUACUGGAUAUUAAAGAAAGGAAGCAAGUUGUUGCUGAAGGACGGGUGAUUUCAACUGAUCCAGAGAGACGUGUACACUGUGCUCCUUUGGGUCUUAAUGCUGCGCAAGUUUUGGUAGAUAUAGUCCAGGUAGAUGAUGCAGCGGUUUGGAGGACAUCAUAUGAGAUUGAGUAUAUGAAAGAUGCACUUGGUUCAUUUAUCGCAUGGCCAACUGAUAACUUGGUCAUGUAUUGACUAUCGUCCAACUGAGGGGAUGAAGCAACUUUGGUCCAGCUAGCUUAAUUUAGGUUAAGACUAGUCUUUAUGUAUUUUGGAUUCAGAAUGUUUAAUGUUUGGUAUGUUGGAUUUGGAAUUGUUUUUGGUAUGUUGGAUUCGGAAUUGUGUUUGGUAUGAUGCGGAAGUGUUUUAAGUAUGUUGGAAUGUUUUUGAGAUGUUAUAAAUGGUUUCAUUUUAAAUU